ACACGUCGGCGGUGCGGUGGGUGCAGCAGCCGGCGCUUACCCGUUGCUCUGACGUUAACAGCUCCCUCCUGUCCUUGUCACAACCAGCGCAAGGCCUUGGUGAAGGGUUGGGGGAUUAAGCUGUUGUUGGCCUGCUGUAUCCCUGCAUUGACAGCCACCUUGGGGAACCGCACAAAUUCAAGAGAGAGUGGGCCAGCGUGAUGCGAUGUAUAGCAGUUUUCGUUGGCAUUAAUCAUGCAAGUGCUAAACUAGAUUUUGCAAACAAUGUCCAGCUGUCCUUGACUCUAGCAGCCUUAUCACUGGGUCUUUGGUGGACGUUUGAUCGUUCAAGAAGUGGUCUCGGACUUGGAAUAACAAUAGCCUUUGUAGCAACUCUGAUAACCCAGUUUCUUGUAUAUAAUGGUGUUUAUCAGUAUACAUCCCCAGAUUUUCUUUACAUCCGUUCUUGGCUUCCAUGUAUAUUUUUCUCAGGAGGUGUGACUGUAGGAAACAUAGGACGCCAACUGGCUAUGGGUAUUCCAGAGAAACCACACAAUGACUAAAUCUUUGAAGAAGAGAACACGGUGCCAGUGUGAAAGCAACGUUACGAAGAUACGUUCCUGGUUUAAAUUGAAGAUUAUUUAGAAAAAAUAAUCUCUUUAUGGGCUCACUGCACAAAUGACUUGUGGAAAAAAUAUUAAUCCACUCUUAGAAUAGCCAAGUGAAAUUAACUGCUUAUCUUGAAAUCUUACCCUGAUUUACCGCAUAAGCAUUUGGGUAUGGCUGUUCUCUGGAAGAGUUUAACACCAAGUUGCAUACAACUGUUCAGGCUAAGUGGCAGUUUUCCAAGUAUUAGAUUCCAGUGUAAGUUAUUGAAGCAGCUGCCGUAUUUUAAAGCCUUGAAACUGAAAUUUAAUUACAAGCUCUUGUAUCAGUGCCCAAAGGAAGUAGAUCGAUGGUGCUUAACAAUGAUGAAGUAUGGUUUAAUAGGAAUAGUAUUUAUCCAAAUCUUUAAAAAAUAGGGUUAUUUAAAAAUAAGAGUGAUCGAAACAGAUUAAAGGCAUUGCACUAAUGCUUUUAGGAGUCUUAUGAAGGAAUUGUGCCCUUACUUGUAAUGCUGCAUUAAGUUUCUGUCUUUGAGGGUGGAGAGGGUUGGAGGGACAAAAGGUUGGAAGUCACUUAGUUUGGAAUUUCUAAAUUACUUCAGUACGAUAGGUGAACACUGGAGACAAUCUUCUUCUAACGUGAACUUUAUCAGGAAAUUCUGACUGGAAAUUUCAUUACUUGUGAACCUUACAGUCAGAUUUGCAAGAAUCAACUCCUGGCCCCAAUUCAGUAAGAAAUUUUAAGUGUGUGUGAGUACUCCUGCUUAAUAUUAGAUGUAUGCUUCAGUAUCUCACUGAAGGAGGUCUAGAGUAUCUUAAAUGUCUGGUGUCACUGAAAAAAACGUGCAUUGCAGGCCACUGCUUGGCCACUGAGUAUGUGCCCCCAACUCCUUAGAUCUACAGUUUCCUCCUGGAGGUGUCCUCGAUCUUGCUUCUGUUUGAGUCAGGGGUUUGACUGAAAUGAUUGGAAACAGAAGCAGGCCUAAAAUGUGAUUUAAACUGUAUGUGAAGAAUAGCAAACAGCUUGUUUUCUCAGUUAAGUUUCUGAAGGAGAUCACUACUUGUUUUUUCACGACCCUAUAGGACUUGCAAUCUGUGAUUGCCUUCUUAAAAGAAAAAAAAAGUGCUUAUGUCACUACAUUAAACAUUUGGUGUUUCUUAAUACUUAGUUCUGGUGAGCACAAUGUAUUCAUUUGAUAGCUUAGACCACAGGAGACCUAAAUAGCAAGUAUUAGGUCUUAAAAGUUGAAGUGCAAUGUACAGUAAAUCUGAGCCUCAUGUUCUCUUCAAUAUCUAUCAUUUUUUAUGAGAGAUUAAAGAGAAAAAGGUUCUGAGUUCAUUUCAAUGCUGCAUGGAGUCAAAUGGAGCAAUAAUUUAUUUAACUAGUAAAGCUAGUUUUGUUGUGUCUUUCAUUGAACCCAAAUUUUUAGAAAUACUCCAAUUUUGUGGUUAUGGUGUACUUGUAAACUUUUAUGGAUUUGCCUUUUUGUAUUAUGCAAUUAUUUUUGUGUUCAUUUCCAAUCUUACAUGGCUUCAGAUAUAGUUAGAGGCAGUGGUUAAAGACAGACCCAUCAAAAAAGAUGUUGAGGCAAGGUAGCAGUGUUCUGGCUGUUUUCACUCUUCUAAGGGAAUGCUAUAACUGCUGCUUGUGCUUUUUUGUAGCAGGAAAAGUUUAGCACAAAGUGUGUAUUACAGAGUGGACCCCAAUUCUAAUCCUCCUUUGGUGUAAAUCAAGUGUAAUUUCAUUGGUAUAAGAUCCUUACUCAAAUGUUUAAAACCUAAAUAAUCCCAUUUUAUAGGAUUACUUGAAGAAAUUAGGUCCUCGGAUCGGGACUGGAUCAGCUCAGCUGUUUUAAGUAUGCUACCUGCUGGGGAGACAGUUUUGUAAUCAUCUUGAAACCAAUUUCAAAACGCUAUAAAACCAGAUGUAAGUAAAGGUGACAGUGAUCUCUACAGCUGUUUGAUUGAUAGAGAAGUAUUUAAGAUUUAUUUGUAAAGACUGAAAAUAAGUCUGUAUGUGUUAGAAAUAAUGCAGCCAAAAAUGUAAGUCAAAAGUUCAUUUUUUGCCAAUACUUCUGAGUAUCUUAACCAAAGUGAUUUAAGUUUGGAAGAGGCAGGAGGGGAAUGAAGAAAAUUUGCACUAUUCUGAAUUUGAACACUUAAAAUUCUCAUUCUUACUGAUAAGUUUUCA